AACCACGGAAUAGUUUUUCCACCACCAGGGCAUCGCGAGAAAAAAAGGAAACUAAAAAAAAGGCCAACAAUUUUCCGAAGUUUUCCGAAGUGAGUGUAAAAGCGAAAACGCCACGGUGUGGGUUGAUAGGAAAAUCGAGUAGGUUCGAGUGUGUGAAGACCUUCUCCCUGGGAGGUCUGGUUCGAAGUGUGUCCUCACGGGGUUUGGUCGGGCGACGGUUGAAAAAUCAAACACAUUUUGAGUCACAUCCACUUGGGGCGUGGGGCAGUUUUUUCCUUCUUCUCUCUUCCCUCGUCUCGUCUGUUCUUAAUCCGUUUACUUCCAUUCCCACACUAACACACAAACGCUCUAUCGCAGCACACGCUCAUCGGGCGGCGGCGGCGGCAACUACCGCGACAUGAACACUAGGCCCGGAGCUAGCGGGAGCAGCAGCAGCAAAAAAAGAAACAACAAACGGGGGCCCGCUCCAUGGGCCGGAUAAUUCGAGUCUGGCGAUCAGUCGUCGCGAAUACUCGCCACCCAGCAGUAACGGGUUUACACAGCGCCCGACAUAGCGCCCGAGAUUGUCGUCCGCGGCCUCGAAAACUAUCGCCCAGCACAAGUGUUAACGUCGUCCGUCCUGAGCCCGCGUGGGUGGUUUGGCGGAGGGGAGGAGUGAGCGUGUCAGUGGGGUGACCAAAACCAAAACAACGGCAAAGGAAGACUUUUGUGUAGAGGAGAGGCCUCGAGCGCGGACAGUAGUGAACGAUCCAUCCCAGUGGACAGGAGGUUGAACAUCUGCAUGUGUGUGUGUGUGUGUGUGUGGGUGGAAAACGGGAAAACACAUAUUGACGGUCGGAAAACACCCCAUUUAGUAAGUGGAAGUGCAUCUCUGUGAGUGUAUGUUUGUAUUUUUGGAGUUUGUUUUCGAAUGUAGGCGCUCCGAUGUCUAGAACUGUUGGUGUGGUGUGCGUUUGAAGUGAUGCUGGUACUCCCAAUGCAAGGUGUUCUGUCUGGUGCAUGUUUCUAGAAAAAAACCGAGUACACAGUACACUAUUACGCGGGGAGAUGACCACUUCAGGCGUGUAAAACCAAAGACAACUUCAAACGAGCUGCUUCUUCUAAACCGGGAACACGUGUGUCGAGCCGUCUCUAUUUACCUUGGGCGAAAGAGCAAAAUUCCCAUGCUCUUUCUUUUUGGCAUCCUAGCAAGCUGUGAAUUUUGAACAGAUGUUGUUGAUGGUUGUGUGGGCAGCAGUCAAUCGGUGCGUGUGAAUUCUUCCUGUACUCUUGUAAGCUCUGUAUGUGUGCGUUUGUGGAUUUUAAGUGAUCUUCUGUAAAUAUACGUUCUAGUUGUGCUGCUCCAGUGUAGAAUAUCGCGUGAUGACUCUCAAUUUACUGGGAGCCAUAAAACAAACCCUGUGAAACAAAACCUCACCAAGCAUAGAAGCGUCAUAUCAGGAUGCGGUCCAAGUCUGUCGCACGACGAUUCGCUCAAGGCAUCAGUGGUGACGAAUCGGACGCAUCCCGUGGACUACCCGUCAAUCUAGAAGUGCCUCCAGGGCUGCAGGUGGUACCGAUGAGCAAGCAUCACGAACACGGUCCAGCUGAUUUCAGCUUGUCCACUUCUCUACAUCAUCACCUCCUACCCACGGCGGAUGAUGUUCGCGAGCGGCUAAAGUUACAGAGUGCGGAACAGUUCCUUCUUCAGAUGGCGAGACUGCAACGAUCACCACCCGAUCUGGACAUCCAGGCGGGAUCGGUUGUGGCGCUCAAAACCAUCCCCAAGGGCACACAGUACGGACCAUUCGAAGGGAAGCUGUUACGUGAGCCAAUGGAUCGACGGUUCGCCUGGGAGGUGAUAGAUUUAGACGUUCGUGGAUGGCUAGACGCCACGCUGGAACCAACGAACUGGAUGAAGCACAUACGCUGCGGCUCCAGUUCGGCCGACGCGAACGUGCAGCACUUUCUGAAAGAUGGUCAUCUGUGGUACGAAGUGAUAUGUGAUAUCAGUCCCGGAAGGGAGCUGUUGCUACGACCAAAGGUUCCUCUUCAUCCGCGCGAUGGACAAGACGAGCGAGGCAGCGAACGUGGCUCGGGCGGUUCCCAGCACAGCGACAACUACGAGGACGAGUACAAUACGUCCAACGAUCUUGACUCUAGUCACUACAACAAGGAGCAGCACCAGCAGCAACAGCAGCAGCACCGUCACAACAGUAGCAGCAGCAACAGCAGCGGCAGAAGCAGCAACGGCAGCAGCAGCGGCAACCGGGCGAACGGUCACGGGCCGGCAGACGACAGUGGCAACGGAAGCGGUGACCCGCACCAUCACGGCGACGUCAAGGAGGAGGACGAGGACGAGCACGGUAUCGACGCGCGGUGUGUCGUCUGUGAUCGCCAGUGUCACGAUAUUGAUCAGCUCGACGAUCAUCUCGUGAUCUCGCACCAUUAUCCAAAGGACGCCUACAGGUGUGAGCUUUGUCCGAGAGCGUACAGCUACAGACCGUCGUUGCUCCGUCACCGGGCGAUCGUGCACGGCGAGCUAAGGCGCUUUCCGUGCGAAAACUGUCCCAAGAACGAAGAUACCGAUGCGAGCACAGCAACAACCCCCAACACUUCCUCAUCGAGCGAACUAUUCAGUUACCUUCUGCAAGCUCAUGAUACUAGGGUUUUUACCGACCCGUCGAACCUUCAGCGCCACAUCCGGACGCACCACGUGGGAGCCCGCAGUCACGCGUGUCCAGAGUGUGGCAAGACGUUCGCCACCUCGUCCGGUCUGAAGCAGCACACGCACAUCCACUCGUCGGUGAAGCCGUUCCAGUGCGAGGUGUGCUUCAAGUCGUACACCCAGUUCUCCAACCUGUGCCGCCAUCGGCGCAUGCACGCCGACUGCCAGGUGCAGAUAAAGUGUAACAAGUGCGGCGACAGCUUCAGCACUACAACGUCCCUGUCGAAGCAUAAGCGAUUCUGUGACUCGACCGCCGUCACCCGUGGCUCACUCCAUCCCGGAGCGCAUCCAUCGCAGCUGCGUCAUCCACACGACCCCUAUCCGCACGGCACACGGUCACAUUCGGGUGGCAGUCAGCCUGGUACACCCGGCGGUAGUGCAGGAGCAUCAGCAGCAGCAGCAGCAGCAGCGGCAAGUGGAGGACCAGGAGCACUUCAUUCGCUACCACCCGGUAUGGCGACGCCACCGAACCCAUUCCUGAUGUUUCCGGGCGCUCCGUUCUUUGCUCCGGGCUUCCGGCCAUAUCCCGGAAUGCCAGGAAUAUUCCCGCCCGCACCCGGGCAGGUUCCUCAGUUCCCGCUGUCCUUCUUUCCAAAGCCGGCCGGACCUGGCCCACUGUCUGAUCAGGAACGCCGCACACCAUCGCCAGCCUCUCGGCAUCUCAGUCUGCUCGAAAGCUACGGCCAGCAGUCGAUGAAGAUCUCUCCACCGACUGGUGAGGAAGCGUCAAACCAUCUGCGUCCCUCACCAGCACGUCCAAUUCCGGUCAGCUUCAACUCGGCGGCGGCAGCAGUGGCAUUGCUUUCGGGAUCUCCCGGCCCGUUGAUGGGCGGCAAUCAUAGCCUGCCGGCGACGGAGCCAAUGCAGCCCGAACGAGGCACCAAUAACAAUCACAUCAAGGAGAACAACAAUCACAAUCAAACGAACGGCACUAGUUCCUACGGUGGACAGACACAGCAGCAACAGCACCAGAGACGAACCUCAAGCCGCAGCAGCUCGGUGACUGCUGUGAAGGAGGAAUUCAACCGCGAGUCUUCGGAUGUUGAAGAAGGAGAGGCUGGAGUUUCUACGAUUCGUGUGAAAAAUUUCUCCACCCGGUCGAAGAAUGCAUCGGGCGAUUCGAGCAAGUCGCCGGCAUUGUCUGAGGAUAGAGGUUCAGUCCACCGUCGGAGAAGUCGCACGGUGGAGGAUGGUGACACGUCUGAAUCCGAGGAGUUUGCUUCUGAAGCCAAGAAGGCAAAGAAAGAUGGAGACACUUCUGGUUCCGCUGAACAACCGUUGGAUCUGAGUCUUUCGAAGAAGUCAAAAAACGACGAUGAAGAUGAUGGAGCUGAGGCGGAUGAAGAGAAGGAUGCUACCGAGGAGAUAGACAACCGUAGCUCCAACCGAAGCCCAACUCCGAUCGAAGUGACUAGCCCAAGGUCCACACCGACACCGUCAGUACCGACGCCCAACUCGUCGGAUGUUCCGCACCAUGAUCUAUCGCUCAGAGCACGUGCCCGCAACAACACUGGAUCUUCAAUUUCUCCGAAAGCUGCGUCUCCACUAGCAGAUGCGUUCACACUACCAAGUCCUUCUCCGUCACUCUCACCACGUCCCUCUCCGUCACCCUCAUCACCGGGAGCCGGAGUCACCGGAGCCGGAGCGCACCAUCAACCCAUCUCCUACCCACGACCGAUCUACCCGCUUCUUCUCGAAGCCAUGUACCACCGUGGACCGGCUGGAAUGAGUGGCUUUCAGCGGCCCGCCUUUAACUUCCUGGACUCGCUGGAAUCGAACCUAGAUCUGCUCAAACGUAGCCGUCAGUACAUGCCCUCGAAAGCGUUUCAUCAAGCGGCAAUGAUGCCACCGGGCUUCGGUGUUGGUGGUGCUGGCCCGGCCGUUCCUGGCAGCGCUGGAGGACCCGUCCCGGCGGGCAAAGUAAAGGAUCGGUAUUCAUGCAAGUACUGCGGCAAGGUGUUCCCUCGUUCGGCCAACCUUACACGCCAUCUGCGUACGCAUACGGGCGAACAGCCGUACAAGUGUCGGUACUGUGAGCGUUCGUUCAGCAUCUCGAGCAAUCUGCAGCGACACGUCCGCAACAUCCACAACAAGGAACGUCCAUUUAAAUGUCACCUGUGUGAGCGUUGCUUUGGUCAGCAGACGAAUUUGGACCGGCAUCUGAAGAAGCACGAUGCGGAUGCGGCCGGGCUUGUGCUGGGUGACUCACCUUCCUCCAACGAAGCGGAACGUGGGGAAGAUGUGUUCUUCGAUGAGAUCCGCUCGUUCAUGGGCAAGGUUACGUACUCGGGCCCAACGUCCUUGCUGCCUGCUGGAGCGGGACUUUCCGGAGCUUCUGAGGUGGAACCGACCCUGAAGGGCGAUGGAGAUGAUGGUGAGAGUAGCGUAUCGGGAAGACGCCGCUAUGCAACUCCAUUGGAUGUGACGGGCGGUGAUGAUGAUGAGGAGGAAGAGGAUGAAGAUGAAGAGGAGGACGCAGCCAGCUGUGACGGUGAGAGUGAUCUGAUUAACAUCGAUUCCGACAAGGAUACGAUCAAUAAUAACGACACGAUCGAGGUUUCUACCUAAAGAUGUAAGGAAAAUGUAUUGCGCACACCGACACACAUACACAUAAACACGCAUGUAAAUAGGCAUUCUGGGGGGAGCUAAUUGGGAGUUUUGCUUUGGAUUUGGUUGCAGCCACUAGUGGCAAGCUGAAGCAUCAAGAAACGACAAGAAUAAUCAAACAUUAGGCAGUAAGAUAUGCGGCACACGAUGCAUCGACGGCGUUUUGAAAUAGAAAGUGAAUGUAUUAGGCUAGAAUUUAUCUAAAAGAUACUGCAAGGAAAAAACUGCGUUUAGUUUUCAAUUGCUUCUGAUUAGAUCGUGAAAUCUGCCCGCUUGGGUUGCACUAUGGGUUAAAUGCACUAUUUUUAAUUUCUCAAUGAGUUUACGUGAACACUUCAAAAGGAAGCUACAGUUGAACCAAAUAUACAAUGGAAGCUUAACCAAAUGGCAAACGCUGGAGACAAGGGAGACUGAUUCGUUGAAGGGAUUGGGCUUUCGUGUUAGCAGAACGCCUCUAUGGUAUGUUAAAUUGUACGAUAGAAAGGUUGUGGAUGCGCGAUCGAGUAAUUUAUUUCUGUCCUAUGUUACGAGCUUAUUGGUUUUACACAAAACAAAUAAAUUAGGCUAAUGCAAAAUCAAACAAACACACACAAAAAACACUGUGAAUAUCUUCAUAAUCAAUGAAUAGUUAAGCAUGGUAGGGUUUAUUCCCCGUUUAGGUUUAUUUGGAUUGAAUACUGUGCACCAUGGUGCAAUUUGAAUGUUUUUCAAUUUAGUUCAAAAUUAGACAAAAAAAAAGGGGGCAACCACGGCACAUAACUCUCCAGUAAAUAGAAUAUAAUCUGUAGACAGUAAGCAGCAAAUUGUUAGUUAGUUUUAAAUUUCUUCUGUAAUAAAGCAUAGUCACACUGAUAA